AUGAAGUUCUUCAUCUUUACCGCCGCUCUCGUCGCAGUAGCCAUGGCUGGUCCCAUACAGCCAGGGGAAAUGGGACCAACUCCAAUCGAAGACUUGGACUUUGACAGCCCCGCCUAUGUCGGACCAGCUAUCGUUGAGCCGAAACAGCCUGCACCAGUUAUCCAAAUCAUUUUAAACGUGAACUCCCAAGGCCAAGUGGAAAUUUCUCCUGAAAUUGUCCAAGUCCCUGAAGAACAGGAAAUAUCUCCAAUUCCAGUUCCUGAGCCCGCGUUCCCAUCACCUCAACCGGCACCAAUCGUUAUUCCUGAACCCGCGUUCCCGGAGCCACAACCUUCACCGGUCAUUCAAGAAGCAGAUAGCCUUAAUUAA